CUAAAUAUCCUAAAUAGCUAUUCAUUUUGACUGAAAAUGGCAGAAAAUCCAAACAAUAAAGAAGAUCCUCCUGCCUCAUCGGAACCAAUUAGCAAUACAUCAACCAACAUUGCAGAAACGUUAGAUCCUGAACUGGCAUCAGAAGAACAAACCAUACCACCAAAUGCUGAUACUCCGUCACUUUCGACAGGAGGAGCCUUGUCCGCUCAACCAUCAGCAGAGCCACCUCAAUCAGAAUCAGCGGCAUCUCAACCAGAAUCAGCGGCGUCUCAACCAGAAUCAGCGGCGCCUCAACCAGAAUCAGCGGCGCCUCAACCAGAAUCAGCGGCGUCUCAACCAGAAUCAGCGGCGUCUCAACCAGAAUCAGCGGCGCCUCAACCAGAAUCAGGGCCGCCUCAACCAUCAGCAGCCAUUGAAGCUCCUCCCACAGGGCCUUCAGCAACUCAGCCCGAAGUUGUCGUACCCGCUGGAGACCCAGAAAAAUCAAAAGUGGUUAUAAGCGAAAAAAUUACAGCAUUUUCCGCUCCUCCAUCAUCUGCACCAUCAGUUGUAGUGGUUGAUGUAUCUUCAUCGUCGACACCAAUGUCUCAAGAUGGAUCAAUGCAUUAUGAAGAUCAAAAGUGGGGAUUGGAUAAGGAACCACCAUUUGUCGUUCGUGAGUGGAAAGCUCAGUCAUGGGCGUCUUCAGCUGCUUCAUCGGGAACAGCUAUGGAAACAUUUACAAAGUCGCUGAAAUUUGCUACAGAUGGAUCAAUGGCUCACGAGGACCAAGCUUGGAAAUUAGAUAGAGAACCAGACCAAGUCUCAAAAGAUGGGGGUGCGGCGCCACCGACGGAGGCUCUCAUAACUGAACCAGCUAAAUUACCGGAUCCACAACAGUCAACUCUAUUUUCUGCAGAUGGGUCGUUGGCUUAUGAAGAGCAGCCUUGGAAUUUAGAACGUGAUCCUACCAAAUCAGGACAAAAUGUACCAUCCAAUAACAUCGGCAACCUUGCCACUGAUGGCUCAAUGGCAUAUGAAAAUCAACCCUGGGUGCUUGAAAAGGACACCUCAAAGGGACAAAAUAAGGUACCACCAUCCGUCAACAUUUCGGAUUUUGCUUCAGAUGGUUUAAUGGCAUAUGAAAAUCAACCCUGGAUGCUUGAAAAGGACACCUCAGGAGGAGCAAGUAAAGGACUGGGAUCCGUCAACAUCAAGGAUUUUACUUCAGAUGGUUCAAUGGCAUAUGAAAAUCAGCCCUGGAUACUUGAAAAGGACACCUCAGGAGGCGCAAGUAAAGGACCAGGAUCCGCCAACAUCUCGGAUUUUACUUCAGAUGGUUCAAUGGCAUAUGAAAACCAGCCCUGGGUGCUUGAGAAAGAUACCUCGGGACGGGGUGCAAUGUCUAGUCUUGCAUCAGAUGGCUCAAUGGCUUACGAGAAUCAACCCUGGAAACUUGAACGGGACCCUUCACGUUUUAGCACCAAUGGUCCUUCAAUUGCAUAUUUUGAAUACUCUCUUAAGGACGGUAGUCGGAACCCAGUUCAGACCCAGACAGAUGCAGAUGGAAAUCCGUUUGAAAAUGUUUGUAAAGGUCCUGAUAUGAAAACGGGAGAUUGUGGUAAAUGUCGCGUUGCGGACGAAUGCUUCCCAAACCAAACAGAAUGCAAUGAUUUGGAGUUUGGCCAACUCGUGGGGUUCGCCCAGGAUUUUGUGUACGAAACUAAACAAUUGGGAUGGUAUUUCAUUUCGCAGUGUUUAGAAUGGUUGAAUGACGAUAAAUGCGACCCUUGUGUUUGCCGUGAUGGAAAUCAGAAUGAAGUUUCCACAACGAAAUCGGCGAUUAACUUGAACAAAGUAGCAGUGUCUGAAUCAGCAUCUAAAGCAGACUUGAUCGGCAAUGGUCCUUCCAUUAAUCCCUCAGAUGGGUCAAUGGCAUACGAAAAUCAACCGUGGGUGCUGGAAAGGGAUCCUGCUCAAGGCAGCGUUAAAGCACCUACGUCUUCACGUUUUGGGUUAAUUGAACCUCCUGCAUCAGAUGGAUCAUUGGCUUAUGAAAAUCAGCCUUGGGUUCUUGAAAAAGAUCCAGUACAAAGUGGAGGCGUUAACGCAUCUUCAAGUAAGGUCGUGGGAGCUCCAUCGGCUACAUCGACAGUCAAAACCCUUCAACCUUCUCAAUCGUCUGUUGGAUUGAAUACUGCAGACGUGGAAAGCAAGGAAAGUAAGACUGUAUUGCAAGAAAAAACUCCGUCUAAAGCUGACGGAAUAGCAGCAGCAGCAGCAAGCGAUGUUGCACUUGUACCUUCAGAUGUAUCUUUUGAAGCACAAUCUUGGACACUAGAGAAGGAUUCCUCUCAGACGACUGUUGGAAAUAUACUUUCACUUGAGCUGGCAACUGAAAUAUCUGACCCCCCGAAAGAAAUCAAGGCCGAAGAUGGUUCAGCAGAAGCUAGCUCUCCACCGCCACCCGAUUCUCCUCCAACUCCUACAGAUGAACCAUCGACAACAAAAUAAUCGAUUGCUUGCUAAAGCUUGCAAACACUUUUAUAGAAUCAUAUUAACCCUUUAAAAUAAAACUUGUCGUCUAUUCAUACAAUUAAAAUUAA